UAAAGUAAUAGGGCUGAAGCGAGCAGCGGUUAUUUAUUAUUAUUUUGGCAUAUUAUCGUUGCUUAUAAGAGUUAUGUUUUGCUUGAUAUAAUUGAUUUACCUAAUCCAAGAACUAUGAUAUAGUUAGCCCGCCACUGCUGAAGUGUCGCGAAUCCAGUGAAUGAAACAGAAGAUAUGCCAGCGCUUGUUGUUUUACCGAGAACAAGUAGCUUAGCAGGCUAAAUUGUCAGUUAUAAAGGACCCAAUGACCGGAAUAGCCUGAUAUCUUUGCCACCGAUCAGCCAAGAUGUCAAAAAGGCCAUCCUAUGCCCCUACCCCCACCCCAGCACCUACAGCACAAAUGCCCAACACCCCAGGGUUUGUGGGAUACAACCCAUACAGCCAUCUGGCCUACAACAACUACAGGCUGGGAGGAAACUCAGGCAGCAACAGCCGGGUAACGAAUUCAUCUGGAAUUGCAAUUCCAAAACCACCAAAGCCCCCAGACAAGCCAUUGAUGCCCUACAUGCGAUACAGCAGAAAGGUUUGGGACCAAGUAAAAGCCUCCAAUCCAGAUCUGAAGCUAUGGGAAAUUGGGAAGAUUAUCGGUGGCAUGUGGAGAGAUCUCACUGAUGAGGAGAAACAAGAAUACUUGAAUGAAUACGAAGCAGAGAAGAUAGAGUACAAUGAGAACAUGAAGGCCUACCACAACUCUCCAGCUUACCUGGCCUAUGUCAAUGCUAAGAGCCGUGCUGAGGCAGCACUGGAGGAGGAAAGCAGACAGCGACAAUCCCGGCUUGAUAAGGGAGAACCUUAUAUGAGCAUCCAGCCUGCUGAGGACCCUGAUGAUUAUGAUGAUGGCUUCUCCAUGAAGCACACAGCUGCUGCCCGUUUCCAACGCAACCAUCGACUGAUCAGCGAGAUUCUGAGCGACAGUGUGGUUCCCGAUGUGCGCUCCGUUGUCACAACGGCACGCAUGCAGGUCCUCAAGCGGCAAGUGCAGUCACUCAUGGUACACCAGAGAAAACUGGAGGCUGAGCUGCUGCAAAUUGAGGACCGGCACCAGGAUAAGAAAAGGAAGUUUCUUGAGACCACAGAGUCCUUCACCACUGAGCUAAAACAGCUGUGCAGCAUGAAGGUGGAGGUGGACAUGGACAAGAUUGCUGCGGAGAUAGCAGCUGCAGAGGAGGCAGCUCGGAGGCGAGCAGAAGAGCGCGAGAGGGAGUCCACAGAGCAGGCAGAGAGGGCUGCAGCAGCUGCCCUCCUAGAAGAGGAGCAGCAAGCCUCUGCUGUCCACGGCAAGCCCCUGCAAGAUGUUGCUGACGAUGACAGCGAAAAGAAGGAGGAGGAAGCGGCUGCUGCCAUGCAGACAGAGGGGUCCCAGCUGUCAGAGGGCCAGCAAGCCAUUGAGGAAGGGGUCUCAACCACUGAAGACAAGGAGAGUAUGCCUGAAGGGGCUGAUGGUGUCAUGGAAGAGGGCACCAGCGACAGCAGCUCUAGCUCUGAGAGCACCAGUACCCCGCCAGAGGAUCCCCCACCCCCUGAAAGUGCCCCUGAGGGACUGAGCAGCAAGCCAGAGUGACAUCACAGAACCACGCUCUGAUCAGCAGGCUGCACUUUGUCGAUCCCAAUUAGCUCUCAUUAUGUGAGCGUACACCAUUUUCACACUUCACACUAGUAGAUCUAGUACCUUAGGACGGUAGUAUAAUGUUAGCACUUGCUACAUUGGACGUCUCAUGCAUCCUAAGACUGAGCUGGUUAAGUAUUGAACUGCACUUUAGGUCCAAAAAAGUCUUAUUCUCCUUACCCUUAAUUUACCUUUGGUUUUAUCCCUUUUUGUUGAUUGCAGUCAGUUCAUAAUGCAAUUAUGUUAUUGUAAUUACCUAUUUUUAGGUCAUAACAAGGACUGCCAUAGAUUCGUGUAGAACUUUAGUAAGACAACAUGGCUAUUUUAUA